AUGUCAACAAACUAUCAGAAUUAUCCCCAAGGAACACCUGUCAUUUCACAGUCACAGCAAGUAGGUAAUCAGUCAGUUUAUAUUAUACAAAACCAGAGCAGAGAUGUUCAACAUGGUUGCCAUUGUAUACUUUGGUUACUAACUGGUGGACUAUGGACGCCCUGUUGGUUAGCAGCUUGUUGCGGAUGUUGUUGUCAACGGCCGUUUAAUUAUUAUAGAAAAAAUAAUAAGAAAGAAGUACGAGAAAAAUCUUCAACUACAGAUGAAACAAUAUCAUCUUUAACUAAACAACAAGAUAAUAUUCAACAUGAUUAUCAAGAUGAUAUUAAUUCAAUUAUUCGUCAACAUCAUCAAUGUAACUUUUUUCUUUUAUUAUAUUUAAUGACUUUUUAUUUACUUUUUUAG